UAUCCUUAACUGUUAAAAGUGAAGAUAAUUGUCUUUCUUAUUGCAGCAUCGCAAUUCUGGACUGUUUGUAAUUUCUAGUUCAGGGUGGUGCUUCUACUGUUUUAUAUCUGCUCCUUUUUAAUGUGGGAAAGAAGGAAAUAAAAAGAAAGCUAGAACAUUUACUGUGGAUCCCUUUGGUAUGUUUAUCUGGGAUAUGCAUUUAUUGCCUAGCAUAUCUAUUUGAUUAAAAAAUGAAAAUCAGCUGUUUAUUAGCUGCUUUAGAUAUUUUUCUAUCUAGACCUGUGUUCUAGACUGAUGCAAUCAUAGCCACACAGUAAUUCUGCUAGAAGCUCAUUUAGUGGAUCUACUGUUAAACAUAUUUGUAGAUUACUUGCUACACACAGGCUUUCAAAGCAUGAUGUGGAAAAAUUGGAUAUCUAAGAUUUCAAGAAACCAAGUUAAAUCUAAGUUAACUCCAAGAAGAAAUGUUGAGGGAGGGAGAUGGAAAAGAAUUGUGGGGCUGUAUAUGUCUAGAAAGCACCCCAAGAUUUAAACUGUUUGGCAACGUCAGCUGGUUCUUAUGAAAACAGGGAAGCUGCUGAGUUUCCCCUUGAGGCUUCAGUAUGACUAACAGAAGAAAGGCUAGUGGUAUUACUUAGUAGCCAUGCCACACUGUGUUUUCUGCAUUACCUCCAAAUGAAAUAAGGCAACAAUGGACUUUCAUGCUGGGAAGAUAUUUGUACGGAUAAUAAAGUUCUGUGUUUCUUGUACUGCAGCCAUUCAAACAUUUAAUAAAAGCACUUGGCAAAUGCUAAUGAGUUUGUUCCCUCAACAGAAGCAAAGACAUGACAGCCAACAUUUUUCGAAUUUAAGUAUCUAAAAUUAGACACCAAAGUGUUUUUAGAAUCUGUAAUAAAAGUGAUUGAAUUUUUGCAACUGUGGAAUGCUCACAGCUCUCUGCAAGUAGUUUCAUUACUCAUACAAAAUAUAAGCAUUUGUGGAAGACAUGAUUUUUCCCAUCAGUGUGGGAAAAAAGAAGCCUCAUCCUGUGAAUUGCCAAGCUCUCACUCAUGUUCAGGGGAUUGAUACUUAGUUCCUUGGUGCUGGUACGGCAGCUGCUCAUAUGUCACUGGGGCUGAUGCUAAGAGUUUUGAAACUGAUUCAGUGGAAGUUUUGCAGGUGACCUCUGAGGGUUGGACCAUUACUGAUUGACUGCUCUGGUAAGUGAUUCUGUAUACGGUUAUUUACAUCGUAUCAGUUUUCAGCCCUUGAGCCCACUAAAAGAAGAACAAUGAAGUCAACCAUGUCUUUGGUCAACUAAAAGAUAGAACAGAGAAGAACCACAGGCUUACUGAAUUGCAAUGACAUUAGAUAAGCAAGGAUGAAAUUAGAAAAUAGCAAAAAUUCUCAUUAAGAUAUGUACACAGGAAAAAAAAUCAGAAAAAAUUGUCCAUAAUGCUAGCAAGCAAAACACUUCUGGGAGGGAGGGAAGGAGGAUAAAAAGAGAGAACCUCAAAUCAGCCCUCCUGACCUCUACAGAUAAGAAUCAGGUUGCUUAAAGAAGAACUUGCAUUUUAAAAUAUGAGCUUGAAAAAAACCCGUAUUUCUUAACCAAUUACUCUUCUAGAAUUAUAUGGUUUUAAAAACCCUAAGAAAAUGAGAUUUAUCUAGCAUCAAAAGCUUUCACUUUUUUCCUCUCCUGACACAAUUUUGCUUUUAAUGUAUAUUGGAUUUUUGACCCAUCUUGUUUUAACUCCUUGUGAAUCUCAACCUUUUGGAUAACUCUGCCAGGUACAACUUUCUUCCCAGACUGAACUGACCGGGAUACACAACAUGCACAACAGCACUGCUGGAACUCUGCAAGUGGCUGCAGUGUGUAAUGAGACUUGGCCCACCCAGUCACCGAGCUCUGAGUUCUCACUGGGAGUGUUGGUGCUGCUGGCUGUUCUCAUGGUGCUGCUGUGUCUGGUCACCAUCCUUGGAAACGUGCUGGUGAUCCUUGCUUUCAUCGUGGACAGAAGCCUGAGGCAUCAGAGUAACUAUUUCUUUCUCAAUCUUGCUGUUUCUGACUUAGCAGUGGGUGUGUUCUGCAUACCUCUCUACAUCCCUUACAGCCUGACAGGAAAAUGGCACUUGGGAAGAGGUGUCUGUAAGCUCUGGCUGGUUAUGGAUUAUCUCCUGUGCACAGCUUCAGUGUUUAACAUUGUUCUGAUCAGCUAUGACCGUUUCCUGUCAGUUACUCGAGCUGUAUCUUACAGAGCCCGACAGGGAAUAACAUCCAACCCUGCCAUCAAGAUGGUGGCCAUAUGGAUCUUAGCCUUUCUCCUGUACUGCCCAGCAAUCCUCCUUUGGGAGCACGUGGCCGGACAGAGCGCAUCUUUGGUAACUGACUGCUCGUCUCCAUCCAGAGGGAAUUCUGUUACUCCAGAAAAUGAAUUUUCUGUUUCCCUCUGUUCAAAGGCUAGGUCAAAACUGCAGCAGGACAAGAAAAUUGCAAAGUCACUUACCAUAAUUGUCUGUGUGUUUGCCAUUUGCUGGGCCCCAUACUCUUUAUUAAUGAUUGUUCGUGGGGCCUGCCAGGGAACUUGUGUCCAUAACACCCUGUAUGAAGCAACUUUUUGGCUUUUAUGGAUCAAUUCCUCUCUGAAUCCAUUUCUCUACCCUCUGUGUCAUGUCAAAUUUCGAAUGGCUUUUCUGAAAAUAUUAAGUCCCAAAAAGUUUGCCACAUUGAGAUCAGGCUCUUUUUAGAAGGAAAAAAGGAAAAGGAAGGACCAAGAAGAGCUGGAUGAGGGAUGUAA